GGGAUGAGUCCAGCGCUCCUGACUCCGUAACCCCUUUCAAACGAACCCAGCUUUCUCUCUCCGGCUGCGCGUCCCUCAAUCUGGAUCGGCAUAAAUGAAUGAAACACAAGGGAAUAUCGACAGGCAAUCGCACAGGAAAACUCUCUGUCAAACCAGCCUGCCAGAAGGAAUUUAUGUCGGGCUUGACAGGCAAUUCAACAUGAGUUUUUUCCUCUGGAACUUCAUCUCAAGAUUGUCAAAUGCGUAAAACGGCGACCGGUGUCUUCUGCCCCCCUUGCAAAGGAGUCACGCUGUGAUUAACGGAUCAGGUUUUUGACUGCCAGGACAAAUGAAUACAAAUGAAUUUAGGCACCCGAAGGAGAGAUUGCAGAACCUCUCAUCUAGACACAAAGAGAGCCCUAUUGCUCUGUACAGUUCUAUAUUGUACUUGUUACCUGGGACUUACACAAGUGCACCCUGAAGAUGUGGACAUCCUCCAGAAGUUGGGGCUUAAGGGAGAGAAGCCAUCACGCUCGGUGCCAGCAGGGGUCAUUCCAUUCAGAUCGGGGAUCAUCCUCAACCAGCGGGCGCACAUUGAGGCUCCACUGCGCUCACUUCUUCCAGCGGCCAUCUGGCCCCACCUGGCACUGGUCCUGAGUGUACGCUCACACCGUGUCAACAGUGCUUUCCUCUUCACCCUGCUCUCAGGCCGAAAGAAGCUCCUUCUUGGUCUGCAGCUUGUACCGGGAAGUCUGGUCCUACACACGGGGCCAAACACCUCUGUGGCGCUUCCCUAUGAGCCCCAUGAUGGUCAGUGGCACCAGCUGGCGUUGGGAAUUAAUGGACAGAGAGUGACUCUAUAUGCCUCCUGCGGAGAGCAGAGUGUUCAUGCAGACUUUGGGUGGGACAGUGAGGAGGGACUGGCUCCAGAGCUCCAUGGCUCCUUCCUGCUGGGGCGCACAAGCCAGCAGCAAGCUUCAGCACACUUUGAAGGAGCCAUUUGCCAGUUUGACCUGGUCCCUUCUGCACAGGCAGCUCACAACUACUGCAGGUACAUUAAGAAACAGUGCAGGGAAGCUGACACAUAUAGGCCUAACCUUCCUCCUCUACUGCCUAUCCUACCACGAGAAACAAACAUCACAGCUACUGCUGCUACGCCUAAACGCGGUGGCCCGGAAACCGCCAGAAAGUCCACAGGAUUCAGCCUUGCCAAGAGUGUUGCUGCUGCUGCCUCGGCUGUCAGAUAUGUAGCCCCCACCCAAACACUAAAGCCAAACCAUGUAACCAUUCAUACACCCCUCCUGGGUACUGUGAUGCCAGUUACAGCUCAGCUUGGUUUGGCUUCCCCACCUUCCGAGACCAGGACUGAAACUGUCACAGCACCACUCAGGAUAGCAGCAACCCCAACGAAACCACCAACUCCAAGACCCUCUACUUCCAAAACCUCUAAUCAGAAACCCUCCAAACCUACUUCUUCCAAACCUACUCCUUCCAAACCUAUUCCCUCCAAACCUACUUCCUCCAAACCUACUUCCUUAAAACCUAGUCCUUCCAAAGCUACUCCCUCCAAACCUACACACUCCAAACCUACUCCCUCCAAACCUAAACCCUCCAAACCUAUUCCCUCCAAAUCUACUCCUUCCAAACCUACUCCCUCCAACAAACCCACUCCCCCCAAGCCCACUGCUCAAAACAAACCAAAAAAGACAAUCGCAAGAACAGACAACAAGAAGAAACCUACUAUUCCAGCCACUACCAGCACCAAACCCUCCAAGACAAAGCCUGAUUCUGCCUUCAGUGCAAUCCCAAAGAAACCACCACCCACCGCGGCCAAGAAAACAACUCCCAAGCCUAAAGUUACACCUUCCAAAGCCACUCCGUUCAAACCCAAGUCGAAUUCUGUCAAAGUAGUCCCUUCUAAACCAACAACGUCCAAAGUUAGCCCCUCGAAAUCGACUACUUCCAAAUUUACAGCUGCUAAAACCCCCAAGCCAGUCUCCAAGCAGAUCACCAAGCCAACAAAACCAGCCAAAACCACCAAGGCCCCUGUCACACCACGACCUACCAAGCCUUCAUACAACCCGGUGACACCACCUGCCACUGAUGGCUUCCAGAGCUGGGACGUGCCACCUACGCAGUUCUCCCUGCUGGCUGGACCUGUAGGACAGAAAGGAGAACCUGGCCUGCAGGGACUCCCAGGACCUCCAGGGAAGCCAGGCCUGCCAGGCAAGAGGGGUCCUCGGGGCGCCCCUGGUCCCCAUGGAAACCCUGGCCCACCUGGUCCACCCGGACUCAAGGGGAGAAAAGGAGACCCUGGCAUCUCACCUGGGCCGGCACCUAAAGGAGAGAAGGGAGACCCGGGGAUUAUCGGCCCGGUGGGACUGACGGGCCAAGCAGGUCGAAAGGGACAGAAAGGUUACCCUGGCCCACCUGGACUCCCCGGAGAGCCCGGAGAGCAGGGUCCGAUCGGAAGCCCAGGUGCCAAAGGUUAUCCUGGCAGGCAGGGUUUACCAGGGCCAAUAGGACCACCGGGGCCCAAAGGUGUCCGGGGUUUCAUUGGAAUCCCGGGGCUUUUUGGCCUGCCCGGGCCUGAUGGCGAAAGAGGCAUUCCCGGCGAACCAGGGAAGAGGGGCAAGAUGGGUAGGCCGGGGUUUCCAGGGGACUUCGGGGAGAGAGGGCCACCGGGAGCAGAUGGAGAGCCCGGUAACCUAGGAGCCCCCGGUCCAAACGGAGUUCUUGGACUUAUUGGUGAUAUGGGGCCAGUGGGAGAGAUGGGCCUUCCAGGACCUAAUGGACUGAAGGGGGUGCCCGGCAAUCCAGGAGAACCAGGACUGAAAGGUGAUAAGGGUGAAAUUGGAGUACCUGGAGAGCAAGGGGAGAUCGGGUUCAAAGGAGACAAGGGCAUCCAGGGGGCUCCAGGGUUACCAGGUAUCCGUGGGAAACCAGGACCACCGGGAAACCCAGGAGACAGAGGACCUGAUGGUACCCCCGGACCGCCAGGCCCUGAGGGGUUUCCUGGUGACAUGGGACCACCAGGAGAGAAUGGCCUUGAAGGACCAAAGGGAAAACUGGGGACCAGAGGUUUACCAGGGCCGAGAGGGGUGCCUGGCUUAGAGGGGGACGAGGGCCCGAUUGGACCGCCAGGCCCAACAGGACUCGAGGGUAGAAUGGGCAGAAAAGGAUUUCCCGGGAAGGUUGGGCCAGAGGGAGUUAAGGGAGAGUCCGGAAUCACAGGGAAAGUCGGACUCAUGGGAGAAAGAGGAUUGGUGGGUUUCAUCGGACCUGUGGGAGAGGCAGGGCUGGCAGGAGAGAAGGGGGAUCGAGGGGAGAUGGGCCUCCCAGGACCGCCUGGAGAAAAGGGAUCAACGGGUCACCCGGGGACGCCAGGUGAGACUGGACCUACAGGACCACCAGGAAGAACAGGCCCUCCUGGAGCGUCUGGGCCAACCGGUACCAGAGGAGCCAAAGGCCUGCGGGGAGCGAGAGGGCCCGACGGUCCAACGGGAGACUUGGGGUUAGAGGGCAAGAAGGGUCCUGAUGGUCCUCCAGGAAAAAUCGGUUUCCCCGGACCACAGGGAAAGAUUGGCGAGACGGGGGAAACUGGGCCUAAAGGUUUUCCUGGUAUCCAAGGGCCUUCGGGACCGCCGGGGGACAAGGGAAUAGCAGGCGAGCCGGGAUUACCUGGGCCACCUGGGACGUUGGGACUGUUGGGAGAAAUUGGUCACCAGGGUCCUCCAGGUAAAGUGGGUGAACCAGGCCUACCAGGAGAGCCAGGGGAGAAGGGAGCCAUUGGACCUGCCGGGAACAUCGGAGAGCAAGGACUAAUAGGACAGCGGGGAGAGCCAGGCCUCGAGGGAGAAGCUGGUCCAGCUGGUCCCGAUGGCACCAAGGGUGAAAAAGGCGACAUGGGUCAGGAGGGCGACACAGGCGAAAAAGGUGAAAUUGGACUAAAGGGAAAAGAGGGACCACCUGGAAAUCCUGGACUCACUGGCGUCAGAGGCCCAGAAGGGAAGCCUGGCAAAAUUGGGGAAAGAGGCAAACUGGGACCAAAGGGUGCCAAGGGUCAAAUGGGUCACCUUGGGGAGACUGGGUCAGUGGGGAAGACUGGAGCGCCGGGUUUUGUGGGGCAAAAGGGCUCCAGAGGAACCAUUGGACAUGUGGGAGCUCCUGGGAGAAGGGGUCAGCAGGGGGAACUUGGUCCAGCGGGUUAUGAGGGUCAUCAAGGGCCACAAGGCCCAAUGGGGUCUUCAGGACCUAAAGGUGAAAAGGGCGAGCAGGGGGAUGAUGGGAAGGUGGAAGGUCCUCCUGGUCCUCCAGGUGACAUAGGACCUCCAGGUGACAGAGGAGAGAGGGGCGAAUCAGGAGACCCGGGCUACAAAGGUCAAAUUGGUGUGGAUGGAGAACGAGGUAGACCUGGAGCCCCCGGACAACCCGGACAUCCUGGACCUCGAGGGCAGCAAGGACCCAAAGGGGCCAAAGGAGAUCAAGGUCAGAAAGGCAAAAAGGGCCAGUCGGGACAAAAAGGAACCAGAGGAACAGAGGGUGGGGUUGGUCCCCUUGGUCCCAGAGGUGUGGUGGGCCGAGAAGGACUGGAGGGUACGCCCGGGGUUGAUGGAGUCCCAGGAAAAGAUGGCAGUAAAGGCAUGCCGGGAGAACAUGGCGAUGAUGGGGAGGCUGGUCUUACAGGUAAACCUGGGUCACGUGGUAAAACUGGCGUUCCAGGACUCCCAGGAGAUCAGGGGGGCAUUGGACCAAAGGGUGAGCGGGGUCUUCGUGGCCAGAGCGGGCCCCCAGGAAAAAGAGGCUUCAAAGGUGGAAUGGGACUACCAGGGCUACAGGGAGACCAAGGACCGAAAGGACAACCUGGUGACACAGGGGAGCAAGGUUUUCCAGGAAUUCUUGGUGUUUUUGGACCAAGGGGUCCUCCAGGAGACUUUGGGCCCAAGGGCAUACGGGGACCGAAGGGGCCACCGGGUGCAAUGGGCAGAGGAGGAGUCAUCGGGCCUGAAGGAAUUAUUGGUCCCAGUGGAAGUGCAGGUCCUCGAGGGGAGAAGGGCAAUCGUGGAGAGACUGGAUUUCAAGGUCCAAGGGGAUCUCCUGGACCUCGUGGACCCCCUGGACGUCCAGGUCCACCGAGCAUCCCUCCAUUAUUUAAAGAAGAAGGUCUCUUGUAUUUGGAUUCACCCACAUCACUCAGGACUGAGAAUAAACCAGUGAUGGACCUGCCUAUGCUGGACCAGGGCGCAGAGAUCUUUAAGACCCUCCACUACCUCAGUAACCUGAUCCAGAGCCUGAAGAACCCACUGGGCACUCGGGACAACCCUGCCCGCAUCUGCAGGGACCUGCGCAGCUGUGAACAGAAGUUAAAUGAUGGCACUUACUGGAUUGAUCCCAACUUGGGUUGCUCAUCAGAUACAAUAGAAGUCACCUGCAACUUUACCGGAGGUGGACAGACUUGCCUGAAACCAAUAACAGCAUCCAAGCCAACAAUCAGUGUCGGCCGCGUCCAAAUGAACUUCCUGCACCUGCUGAGCUCAGAGGCCGUGCAGCACGUCAUCAUCCACUGCCUGAAUGUCUCGGUUUGGAGGACAGCUGAGGAUCAGCCGGUUGCUCAGGGGUCUGUGAGAUUCAAGGCCUGGACCGGGGAGGUGUUUGAGGUGGGAGGAGAGCUCGAGCCAGAAGUCUUGGAGGAUUCCUGCUGGAUAAAAGAUGGGCGCUGGCACCAGACCCACUUUGUGUUCCACUCUUUGGACCCCACCUUGCUCCCUGUGGUUGACAUCUACAGCCUCCCAAAAACUAGUCCUGGCUCGCAUUACCACCUAGAAGUAGGUCCUGUGUGCUUCCUGUGAGGGCUGCAGUGUAAGUCCUCUGAGCAUGGAGGGGAUGGACAACCAACCCCUGCUAGACACAUCCAUGCCGGCGUGGAGAUCGGAGCCUCCUCCUCCAAAUCAUGGCCAAACACUGUCCAAGCAAGAAACAAAAAAAAAAAAGAAAAAAGGCCCCAAACAGAUCAUGCUUCGUACCGCCAAACUCCCGUUGGACUGCAGACACAGAGGGAGGAAGCACGGGGGGGAGGCGCUGUGGGGACAACGAAGAGCCGAGGAGGAGCAGGGGAGUUCUUGCACUAAUGGCUUCUCAGUAUGGCAAAGGCUUCUUCAAGCUCACCAAGAAGGAUCUCCACAUGUAUGCCUGCAUGGAGGGGAAAUUAAAAAAAAAAAAGGCUCUCUGCCAACUAAUCUCUCCAGAACAUUGCUAAGUGAAGGGAGAACAAGGCCAAGUUAAUCAGUGGACGUUGCAGUAACUUAUUUUGUAUACAGUCUGUAUACUGUGUGUACUUUUUUUUUUUUUUUUUGUUUUGUUUUGGAAAUACCAGGAAUUAAAUUCUGUCAGAGAAGAGGAAUUAACGUAAAUGGGAUCACUUAAAUGUACAUAGAUAAAUAUAUAUGCUUAUUAUUAACUUUUAUACAUGUAUAUCUUAUGUAAAGAAAUAAUCUUUAAGUGCAAUAGAAAAACGAGAAGAUAAUUUGAUAUUUUUAAAAGAAAACUUAUACGGAAGGAUUUUUCAGGGGUGCCAUUUUUAUUUACCUUUGGUCCUCAUCUCACAAAUCUUGCAUAGGUGAAUUCAUCCAGAGGAAGAUUCGUUUGCUUAAAUUGAGCAGAAAAACUAUUUAAACUUGCGCCCCAAGUGGGAGACUUUCGGUUUCCUCCCCGACGUUGGGGGGGAGACCGGGGGCAACCAGUCAGCUCUCAAUAAGUUCCAUCUGAAGCCACAAACGGUCGCACGAAAACCAGCCCACGUGGAGAAAGUCAGCGUAUUAAUUACAUUACUGAACCGGAUGCCACUGAUUAUUUAGGGGAGAAUUAGAUGAAGAUUAAGGGUCAGAUUGAGGAAGACUAUGGAGCUCUAGUUUUCAGUAGUGUUUUACUAAAUCCUCUGUAACUGUGGAGUGUGAAAAUUAGUUCUUUGUUUCCUUACUUAUUAAAAAAUAAAUAAAUAAAUAAAUAGAAGAUAGGUGUUGUUGUUUAACCAGUGCCACAUGGGAUUGGGAAUCUCUCUCACAGUAAACAGGCUGCAGGCAAAGGUAAAAGAGAACUGAGCCACAAGGGAGAAAAGAGUUUGGGUACAGAAAUCCAAAUAAAACCUACAGCUUUUGUCCCAUCCUCCCUCGAAUGCACGGUGCUAAGAAAUUUAUCGAAGGUGCUAACCAUAGUGCUGUUAUUACACCACUUUGCUUAAAUAUUCAGAUUUUUUUUUCUUUUUCUUUUUUUUUUUAUAGUGCAUGCUUGCUUGGAAAAAAGCCCACAAUAAACACAUUGCCAUAGCUUCAUAAUGCACUAUAACGGUAAUAUCACAUCCACAUAGUUCCCUACAAGUAAAAUAAAAAUAUUGUUUUGCUCAGUGCUGCAAUCUAUUGCAAAUGAAAUAAAUUAAAAUAUAUUAGAAACCAUUAAACCUACAAACUGAUUUAUGCUAUUCUGUCCAGUAUAAAUCACGGAGUUGAAUCCUUUUUUUUCUUUUUUUUUUAAGAAUAAAAUUUUCUUUUUAUUCUGUACAAAGUCUCCCCCUCCCAACAGCUGUAUGUAAUAUUUCUUAGAAAACAGACAACUAGUGGAGGUAGUUUUAAUUAAAUAAAACAUUUCUUUGUUGUAGCUGAACACAAGUGUGUAUAAUUGUGUAAACCUUGCUGUAUACAGUGGAUCCCCUCUUGCUAAUUUAAUGUUAUUUAAUGUUGUUACCGUGGUUGCCAACUGAGCAAAUUUCUGUUGGUUGAAGCAAUACUACUCUUUCUGACAAUUUAUAUAUCAGUUGUCCCAACUGGUCUUGGAGUUUAUAGAUUUUUCUUUCUUUUUUUAAUGUGUAAAUUUGGGGCUCCAGAGAACAAAUUUAUUGCAAUGUUAAUUCUUUUAUUUUUUUAAUUUUUGUUAUGUUGUUUUUUUUUUCCUCUAUGAUAACCAACCAUGUACUGUACCACGACUGUGCUAUACUAUAACUUGUGUUUUAAAGAAUUAUGCAAAUAUGUGAACUUCUUUCUUUUUUUGUAAAUCUGUUCCAAGACAUUAAAACAAGCUAAGAAUACCUCACAGUUUUACACAGGGCUUGGAGCAAAGAUUUUAUAUUGCUUUUUAUAAUUACAACCUGUUUGGAAAAUAUCAGCCAAAUACAGCAAGUCGUCAUUUUUCGGUGCAAGACCAUUUCUUGUGCCUUCAUCCUUAAUCUGUCUACUCUUUUAGUCAUUGUUCGGUGUCCAUUUGUUCAAUAAAUACUUUUAAUUUG